AUGAAUAAGAUCAGCAACUUGAGUUGUGUUAGGAGCUCUGAUCUCAUAGAUGCAAAGCUUGAAGAGCAUCAACUGUGUGGAUCCAAACAGUGCCCCGGUUGUGGUCACAAAUUUGAAGGGAAGCCGGACUGGCUAGGUCUUCCAGCGGGAGUGAAGUUUGAUCCAACAGACCAAGAACUCAUUGAACAUCUUGAAGCCAAAGUUGAGGCAAAGAAUAUGAAAUCACACCCUUUGAUAGAUGAGUUCAUUCCCACCAUUGAAGGAGAAGAUGGGAUUUGUUACACCCAUCCUGAGAAACUUCCAGGAGUGACAAGAGAUGGCUUAAGCAGACACUUCUUCCACAGGCCCUCAAAGGCUUACACAACAGGGACACGAAAGAGGAGAAAGAUUCAAAACGAAUGCGACUUGCAAGGAGGGGAAACCCGAUGGCACAAGACAGGUAAGACUAGACCAGUUAUGGUGAAUGGAAAACAAAAGGGUUGCAAGAAGAUUCUAGUGCUCUACACCAACUUCGGGAAGAACAGAAAACCCGAAAAGACCAACUGGGUGAUGCACCAGUACCAUCUGGGCCAGCACGAGGAAGAGAAAGAGGGAGAGCUAGUGGUGUCGAAGAUAUUCUACCAGACACAACCUAGGCAAUGCAAUUGGUCAGAUAGAAGUGCCACAACUGGUGAAGGAAGUGGAGAACAACAAGCAAACAAUAAUGGAAGAAGAGACAGUGGAAGUGGUAGCUGUUCUUCUAAGGAAAUUGUUACUCACAGAGAUGAAAUGUCUGCUAUCGUUGGAGUCCCUCAAAUAACAACCUUCAACACUUCCUUGGACAUUCAACAACUCAAAUCCGACCAUUUUAGCUUCAUUCCAUUCAGAAAAAGCUUCGAUGAGGUUGGAAUAGGAGAAGCUUCCACAGCAAGAGAAGUGCAAGCACCAGGGUCGUGUGAGGAAGUACAUGAACGGCAUAAUAUUGUAGCACAUCACCAUCAACAACAGCAGCAGCAGCAAAAUCAGCAUGCGCACCAACAAAUUGCCACCACAGCCUUCCAUAUCAGUAGGCCUUCGCUUCCCAUCUCCACCAUCAUCUCUCCUCCACCCCUUCACCAUGCAUCCAUCAUCCUAGACGACAAUUCCUACCAUGUGUCCAGAAUCAUGCUUCAAAAUGAAAAUUUUCAGCAACACCAUCAUAAACUUGCAGGAAGGUCUGCGUCUGGUUUGGUCAUCAUGGGGUGCACUUCAACUGAUAUCAAAGAGGAAUCAUCCAUUACAAACCAACAAGAGGCUGAAUGGUUGAAAUACUCUUCUUACUGGACAGACCCUAGCAACCUGCAGGAUCAUCAUGAGUAG